GUUGUAAACACCUCUUAAUGCUUCUCACCGCCUACCUAGCCAGCCUCACCACGAAUACCAACGAUUUGUUGUUCAUUGUUCGAGAUACCCAGAUUUUGUAGCUGUCCACUAUGGAUCCGGAGAUGAUCAAGCACUACUUAGCUGACAGCCCUCCUACUGUCGUCCCUCUAGCAAUCAAACCGCAUUUUGAAGCUUUGAAUGAUCAAGAGAAGCUCUACGCCCACUACAUCUCGGUUGCUUGUUUUGCCGGAACACGCAUUGUCCUCCGUCAGGUCUCCCCCGAGUCAGAGAGCAUUUACGACUUCAUUAUAACCCUACACAAGGCGUUCAAUGGGGACUGGAAGCAAGUCCAAAAGAAGAGCGGUGUCACUGAUGAGGAGCUUGCUGCGUUUCUGCAUUAUGCCGCGCAGUUCUUAGGCAACGUGGGCAACUACAAGUCUUUCGGCGACAGCAAGUUCGUUCCUAGGAUAGGACCCAUGGUAUUCAAGGCUAUUGGUUCCGUCACGCCUGAGACGAUCCAGCUGUGGGAGGAGAUAAAGGAUGGGUUAUUUCCAACCGCCCGUGAGACUCAGAUGCACUUGGGUUAUCCUGACGCCGGCCACAUCUCUACGUACUAUCCCGAUUCUCCGAAUAUCACCAAGGAGGAGAUUUCUAUCCUAAGCGAGUUCCUCGAGAGCCAAAAAUUGUUGCCGGAGAAUACGAGAAUCAGAGCCACUCCAGCUGGCUACGAGGUACUUAUCGCUUCGGCUCAAGAGUACCCCUCUUCCGGAGCACGAGAUGUGCCGCUAUCUCAGUGGUCACUUAGCAGCAUACGUAAUGGCGACAAGCUCAAGGGCCACACCCUUGUUCUCACAUAUGGUGAUCACAGCAAAGAAAUGAGCACCAUUUCUGACGCUAUUACUUCCGCGGCGAAAUACGCCCUCAAUGACACCGAAAAAGCUAUGAUGGAGGAGUACGCAAAGUCCUUUACUACAGGCUCGCUGGAAGCAUACAAGCAGAGCCAGCGUCUGUGGAUCAAGGACAAGAAACCGCAGGUCGAAACCGAUCUUGGGUUUGUGGAGACGUACAGAGACCCACAUGGCAUUCGUGGCGAGUGGGAGGGUUUUGUUGCUAUGGUCAACAAAGAACGAACGAAGGCCUUUGGGAAGCUAGUCGACGCCGCGCCCACGCUAAUACCCAAGUUACCCUGGGGAAAGGAGUUUGAAAAGGAUGAGUUCCUUAGCCCGGACUUCACUUCUCUGGAAGUGUUGACAUUUGCGGGCAGUGGAAUUCCCGCUGGCAUCAAUAUUCCUAACUACGAUGACAUCAGGCAGACAGAAGGAUUCAAGAACGUGUCUUUGGGCAAUGUUCUGUCAGCAAAGGCUCCGGAUGAGAAAAUACCGUUUAUCAAGGAUAAAGAUCUGGAUGUGUAUAAAAAGUACCGCGACAUCGCGUUUGAGGUGCAGGUUGGUCUACAUGAACUUCUUGGCCACGGAUGCGGAAAGCUCCUUCAGGAGACAGAAAGAGGAAAAUACAACUUUGACAUCAACAACCCUCCUGUAAGUCCCUUGACUGGCAAGCCCAUCACCACGUACUACAGACCUGGGCAAACGUGGGGGAGUGUUUUUGGCGCUGUGGCCGCAAGCUAUGAAGAGUGUCGCGCCGAAGCCGUCGCGAUGGCUCUCAGCUGUGACUUCAGCGUCUUGCAGAUCUUCGGAUUGGGUGACGGCAGCGAAGACAUGAGCGGCGAAGCCGGUGACGUGCUGUUCGUUAGCUACUUGUCCAUGGCACGCGCUGGCGUCGCGGCGCUUGAGUACUGGGACCCCAAAUCAAAGAAAUGGGGACAAGCGCACAUGCAAGCCCGCUUCUCCAUUCUGCGCACCUUCCUCGACGCCGGAGAGGAAUUCUGCAGUCUCGAGUACACGACGGAUGAUCUGUCUGAUCUGACAAUCAAGCUCGACCGUGGCAAAAUCCUCAGCCACGGACGGCCCGCUGUGGAGAAAUAUCUCCAGAAGCUGCACAUCUACAAGAGCACCGCCGACGUAGCUGCGGGAGCGAAGAUGUACGCUACAAUCACCGAGGUCGACGAUUGGUUUGCGACGAAAGUCCGACCAGCCGUUCUAGCACAGAAGAUGCCGAGAAAGGUGUUUGUGCAAGCUAACACGUUUUUGGAGGGCGACAAGGUAGUGCUCAAGGAAUAUGAUGCGACUCCCGAGGGAAUGAUUGCAAGUUAUGCGGACAGGACGUAUAUCUAGUGUUCCCCGUUGACAUGAGGAAGAAUCUCUAGCAUUGAUCGAGGCGUUCUAUAGAGGACGAUUCAACGUGCCUCGAAUUCAGAAACCUAAAUGAAGCAAACAAAUGAAAUACACGUUCCCCGAAAACCACGUGACGCAUCGAAG